AGAGACCACUAUUUUCUUCAAAGAAAACAAUUAUUUUGGGUUACCAGAAAACGACGUUCUYUUCUUUCAACAAGGAAUGCUCCCAUGUAUGAAUGACGACGGGAAAAUCAUUCUUGAAAGAGCUGACAAGGUGGCAAUGGCUCCAGAUGGGUAAGUUGUUUUGUGCUACAAACACUUGAGAGAUUCAAGAAAUUAUCUUGGUGACAUCAAUAAACUUUCUCUUACAUGAUACCAUUGCACUACGAUUUCGCAAAUUUAGCAAUGGUGGGAUCUAUCCGUCAUUGAAAAACUCGGGAAUGAUCGACGAUAUGGUAAACCGAGGGACGAAGUACAUUCAUGUGUUUAGUAUUGACAAUGCCCUGACAAAAAUUGCAGAUCCAGUAUUCAUUGGACACUGCGUGAAAACCCAGGCCGAUUGCGGGAAUAAGGCUGUGUGGAAGAAGGGACCMCACGAAAAGGUUGGCGUGCUUGCCGAGAAAGGCGGCAAGCCGUGYAUUGUUGAAUACUCGGAAAUUACCACCGAGAUGGCAGAACAAACCGACGGAGAAGGCCGGUUAGUCUAUGGGGCCGGAAAUAUUUGCAAUCACUUCUACACGUUGGACUUUUUGUGUGACAAGGUCGUUCCGAACCUAGGAAAUAUGUAUCAUAUUGCCAGAAAGAAGAUYYCCUACUACGAUGAAGAGUCAAAGAGUACCGUGAAAYCCGAAGCAAACAACGGAAUCAAGCUGGAAUCUUUCAUCUUCGACAUUUUUCCUWUGUCUGAGCGAAUGGCAGUACUGGAAGCGCAGCGGGAAGAGGAAUUUGCCCCGGUGAAGAAUGCCCCAGGUUCUGCUUCCGAUAGGUCAGUUGUAUUUUAUACAUGCAUAGCAUCGAUGUUUUUCGACCGAUUUAAAGUGGUGGUAUUCAACAUCCUACUUUUGUGCAAUUGGUCAAUACUCAAAACUUCACCGUUUUCUUUCAUUCGUACGGCACCAAACCUAUUUCAAAAACUUGAUUCUCUCUAAUGCAGCCCAGACACCGCUCGUGUCUACCUUUCCAAACAGGCUCAAAAGUGGGUCAUCGAAGCUGGAGGUAAUCUGACGGGKGAUUUAGAAAGCCAGUGCGAGAUCUCACCGAUGACGAGCUACGGCGGUGAAGGUCUUGAAGAUUUAGUUCGAGGAAAGGAUAUUCACUGUCCAUUUUCAYUAUAAUUAGGCGCUGUGGUCAGUUUUUUGUUCCAGACAGCCAAGCCUGUUCUAACUACAAGUACUUCAUAAUAAAUAAGUCAGCGUACG